UACAUGAGUUAGCUUAGCUUGUAGCUCUGGAUGUUUGUGAGCUGUCAGUUAGAGAGAAGCGGAGCGAUGCCAGGCGUCUGACCGGGACCAAAAGGGGGAACUGGUUUAGAGGAUAGAGUCCGGACCCCUCUGGGAUGAGGUCUUGUGUUUACAGAACAGGACACGAGCAGUAACCAUGGUGACCAAGAAGAUCCGGACAGAGUACAUGAAGAAGUUCAAGGACCCCCGCUGGGAGACGUUCUCUAAAUGCUACGAGGACUCCGUGAAGUACCGUCUGACCCGGCGGGUCAUGGAGCACUCCCACAAGCCCUGGUUCUGGGAGGGCUGGGACAGCGGCUCAGAAUCCAGCAGCCUGUCCACUCCGAGGCUGACCAGGAACAAAGUCGUCCCCCUGUCUCUGCCGCCGCCGCCGCCGUCCUUAGAGGGGAAGCAGAGGCAGUCCAGCCCGGCGCCGAAACCACCUUCUGAGGAGGGAGCGGCUGAGGAGGCGACUGUGGACGCUGCGGACGCUGCUCCACCUGCAGUGGUAGAAAACGGCGUGAACGAAGCCAGCGGGGGUUCGGUGGAGGGAGCUCCAGACAACAGCGGACCCUCAGACGACACUGACAACGGUCCCGCUGACACGCAAUCCUCCGACGCCGAGCCGGUGAACCCCGCACCGAAGAGACGCCACCGCCGCCGCACCCCCAGGUCCGAGCCUGGACACCGGGACAGUUCUCACGACGAGAAACCUGCCGUCGUCCGGAAACCGCCGAGAGCGAAGAGCCAGCCGGCGAUCAGCACCAAGGAGAAGGAGAACCGGAGACCGUCCAGCCGACUGGACUGGACGGAGAGACAGACGGAGGCCAGGAGGACGCCCAAUGAUAGCAACACGUCCGACGCCUGCGUUCAGACCCGCAGAGAGUCCGACAAACGGGGCUCCAACCCGGACCGCCGCCGCGCUCGAUCGGCCGACCUGGAGAAAAUGAGGAAGUCGCAGCUGACGGUGGUGGAUGACCGCUGGAUCACAGAGUACAUGCGCUGCUUCUCCGCCCGCCUGAGAAGUCUUGAUUUGCUGAAAGCGUCUCAGGUGGAGAGAAACGGGCGUCACAUGAACAGGUUUGAAUGUUUGUGUUGUUUUUAUCUUGAUACCUCAUGACAUCAUUUCUGAGAACGUUCAGACAAUCACAGGAGAAAAAUAUUAAAGUGUUAACCUCGUAUUUCAUUUACACCAGAAUAAAGACACAGUGAGGAGUUUGUGAAAGGCUGUUGAAGAAGGUGAUGUGUGAUAUUUGCUGUAUCUAAUUAAGCUGUGAGUUGGUGUGGUUUGAUGGCAGAACGUGGUUUUAGAAUAUUUAAUCAGAUCCUUUAAACGGGCUCGUUUACAUUUUUUGCUCACUGUAUUUGUAUUUGAAAAAACAUGCACAACUUCUAUUUUCAUCCACUCUGCUGUGAAUAAAUCAGAUUUGAAUAAAGUUUGUUUUGGUG